AUGUCCCUCUCACCAAUAUCUCGUCUGCCAGACGACGCGCUCAUCGAGAUUUUUCAGUACCAUAUCCCCAGCAAUCUGAUUGGCGUCGACUCGUGGAAUAGUACCUGGAUGAGCAUCAUUCACGUCUGCCGCCGUUGGCGCCAAAUCUUAUUGGACUUCGGUCCUAUUUGGACCAACAUCAUCUCGACAUUUCCUGAUCUCGCAGAGUUCAUGAUCAAAAACUCGAAGGAGCUUCCCCUCUCCCUAAACCUCGACAUGACUGCUCUCACUCACUCAAGCGCUUGGGCGCGUAGAUUUGUCAAACCUAUCAGCUCGCGCAUUCAUUCCUUGAGGAUGUCAUACACUUCUUCGACAGCGAUGGGCCGAAUGCUCGACACUUUUCGCGAUCAUCACGCACCAAUCUUGACGUCCUUGACAAUCUGCUGCCAUGCGAUCAUGGACUACGAGCGCUUGUUGAUACCCACGGAUUUCCUCAACCUGGAUUUCCCAUCCCUCACGACAUUAUUUUUGUAUGACUGCUCAUUCGUAUCGUCACCGACGAUGCCUUUCGCUAAAAACCUUACGAAUCUGUCAAUUCGCUGCGACAAAGUUAAAACGAUCAUACCGCUGCUUCAGCAUACCCCAUCUCUCGGAAAGCUUGCUAUCACGAUAGAAGAAAAACCGAGCAGUGGAGCGGCACACAUUCCCUUCGUAGCCAAUCCUAGUUCCGCUCAAAUAUCUCUGCCUUCCCUGGGCAUGCUGCGCUUCCAAGGUCCACCUGCACAAUACGUACGUUUACUCGGUCAUAUUUCCCUCCCCGCCAGAACAAUCAUGGAUCUCGAUCUUUCUCCGCCUCUUGAAGUUCUCGAUGGUUUAACGAACGAGUACAAUGGUGUACUCUCCUUCGACGGCCAGGCAUGGAAAGCGGUCUUUUCAAGCCUCGAGUCCCAAUACACACGCCACCAAGAUGAAUGUGGACUUCCCUUCCGACAUGUAUCCUUAGAUAUAACCGACGAUGACCACUAUCAGGUCAUGCGGUUCUGCGCCUUCACAACCGACCCUAACGAUACAUUACCCCCCGAUAGCCUGUCCGCUACUUCUUUUUUGGGACGAAGCACCAUUCAGCCCGACUUCACGCUUUCGUGGAACACUGGAGACGAAAGCCGUGGGGAUUUGAGCGGCUUUUCAUGCCAACUCGCUCAUCUCAUAUGGGAAAAACUUCCGUUGGAUUUCGUCACCGGCAUCAGUUCUACUAUCGUCACGGACGCACCGUGUUAUGUACGCCUAUGGUUUAAUAUUCUGCUGAACACCCCUUUGCUCGAAUCCCUCUUCGUCGACCCCGAAUCUGCCGCCUCCAUCUGCAUUUUCCUCGAAACCGCUUCGGACUUCAAGAAAGUGGCGUCUGCGAUUCCCCAGGACUAUCAAAAGCUGCCUCCGUUCGUGAGGAUCAUGAUGACUCGGUCUAUCACCGCAGCUGCUGUCCGCAAGGCCCACACUCACCUCAACAGCCUUCACACCCUUGUGAUUGACGGGACUGACUUAUACAUGGAAACGAUCGACGGCGCGCUGGGCUUUGCGCUUCAACAGAGAGACGAUGCGGGCCUGCCCAGACUAUCUCUCCUCUCAUUCAAGGGGUGUAAGGUCGGAGUAGCGGAUUUGACGGAGCUGCAGGGUCUGGUAGAUCGGGUGGUGUGGGGUCCAGAAUGUUUGGCUGAAACAGAUGGGGAGGUUCCGGGGGAAGAUAGCGAAGAUGAUGAGGUUUAGUUUUGUGGGUUGCAAAAAUUUCCCUUGGAUUGCUGAUUUCGUCUACUCGGACGGAACAAUCCCAUCUCUGUAUCUCUCACCGUGGUUCUAGACUUUUCGAAGGAUGAUUCGAGGCAUGGCCUGACCCCGGGAUGUCAUUAUUCUUUUCUUGUCCUCCAACGUACCGUUUCCCUGUUUCCUGAUGCUCUCCCUUGUUCGCUAUUUACGUUCGUGGCAAGUGAGAUACGUAUAUUACGAUACACCCGAAUAAUUUUGACGGUU